GCAGCCAACUGAGUAUUUUCCUGAGUCGCCAUCCAAAAUGGAUCUUUUAGGGUCUAUUUUAGAUACCAUGGAAAAGCCGCCGGGCAUGGCGGACGAGGAGAAGAAAAAAGUGAAAGCUCAGAAAGCCAAACUUGAAAAGAUACAGCAAGCAGAAAAGCAAAAGAUGAAAGCUUUUAAAGAAAAGAUACAGGCCCGUAUAAAUGCUUUCAUCAAGGAUGAUACAAAGCAAAAUUACAAAUUUGAAAGUAUGGAAAAAGUCUAUAGGGCAACAGUCCAUGAAAUAGCCGAUGUUGCUGGUCUAACUUCUUUUUCAUUUGGACAGGAUGAGUUGGACAGAUAUGUGAUGCUUUGGAAAAAGGAGUUUGCACCAUCUGAUGAGGAGAUUCUUGCCUACAGAAAUGGAGAAGAGUGGGAUCCAGAGAAAGCAAAACAAGCUAAAGUUUUAGAAGAACAAUACAAGUUAGAAGAGGCCAAAAGGAAGCCUGACACAUCAAAACCACAGACUAACUAUAAAGAUAAAUAUGAGCACUUGAUUGGGAAAGCCUCAGCGAAAGAUGCCGCCAAAAUUACCCUGGCAAAUAAAUCAUAUGGAUUUGUUCCAAGUGAAAACAAAAGAGACCAGCGCACAAUAGAACAAGUGAUGGCAGAUAGCAGAGCCAAGAAAAAAUUGAAAACUGAUCAUUUUCCAAGUGACCUUCAUACAACUGAAAGUCAAGGUCAUUCAGCAAUCAAAAAUCAAGGUGAAGGUCAUUUGGAAAAUCAAGACAUUGACUCAGAACAUACAACAAAGAGCUCACAAAGCUGAUAUUAAGACACUGAUUUCAUUUUAAACAAAUUGGAAAUUGACUGUGAAAAUGGCCAGGUAUUUGAUAAUUCAUACUUUAUAUAAAAGGAAAAAUACUGUCAGUUGUGCCAAUACACUGGCAUACAGAAUUCUUUAUUAGUGCCUAAAACAAUCUGUUGUGGCUUUAGAAAAUUAAAAGAUAUUUAGUAUUUUACAUUUUUGACACUGCUGUUAUAUAAAAUGGUGAUUUGACUGAAGCAUAAACAGCUGUAUUGAAAUGUGCUUAUUGGAAUCAAUAGAAUUGCUAUCUUUUUUUAUUAUGAUUACUAAAGUUGAAUUUUGAAUCUUAAAAAGAAAUCACAAAAAGCUACAACUGAAGUGUAGGUUUGCACAUUUAUAUCAGAAGGGGCAGAAAAACAUAGGUCCACACACCUAAAUAAAAGCUGCACAAUGUCA